UCAUAGGAAUGAAAUUGAUUGCAGAAAUGCAAAACUUGUUGCUGGUUCUCCGAACGCGCUGAUCCCACAGUGCCAAGCGCGAGACGGAGUGUGAUCUCUCAGUGAAUUGCUCCCAGCUGGAGGAGACUACGGUGGAGUCGGGAGCAGAAGGAGUGACUGUAAGAGAGAGAGAGAGAGAGAAAGAAAGAAAGAAAGAGAGAGAGAGAGAGAGAGUGGAAGAGUGAGAGAGGGGAAACCAGGUUCGCACAAGCGCACGAUCGCAGUGCAAAUGAUCUGGACCGAGAAGGCUAGAUUGCCAAGCCGCUCUGUGGUGACCGAGCGCGGACAGUGAGCGCUGCGCCUUAACACGGUCGAUGCAGGAGGGCACGCGCAAACAGAGCCUUGGUUUCUUUAUUGACAGAUCGGAUUUUUAUUUAUUUAUUGGCAACCGGAUUUUCGCUCGCAUGGACCAUCCAAACGAAAAAAGGACACGUUAUUAAUUGAUAUUUUAAGACUUCGCGGAAAGGAGAAGCGACAAGCCGGACGUUUCUGCCCGUUUAGUAAAUUGUGCACGUUGCAGUUCAUUGGAGUUGCAGAACUGUGGGGUCAGAAUGGGGUCUUUAACCGAGACCAGAGAUUACUCGCGCAUAGACGUUUGACAACAAACUGGAAUUAUAUUUUUGAAAUGAAUUUUUAAGUCGAUCGUUCAUUCCCGCGACACCGUGCGCGUUUAUACCUGUCAUCGGUCAUUUUUAAACUUUUGAAAAGAAGGGAUGUCCGCGACAAUACUUGGGAAUACGAAAUUGGACGGGGGCAUAUUUUGCAAAUCACAGUUGCAAGUAAGAUAUAUUUGUUUCCCAGCGCUCCAGACAGCUAAUUUUACGCUAAAGGAAUAAGAACUGAUUCUCUGUUCCAUCUACACGGAAACGACAUAGGAUAUAUUUGUUUUUUGUUUCUAAGCGCAGAGACGGCUGCUGGACCUUCCUCGUUUCAUAUUUUUGUGCGUUUUUGCAGCGACAUUGAGGUUGUGUAUGCGUCUGAAAAAUAUUUAAUUUCCUUCAGCAAAAUGUGAACUUCGGGGGGUGAGUUUAUUUCCCUUAAAGCGUCAAAUGUACUUUUUCCGCAGAUCUUGUAGUGGAAUACUAUUUUCAUUAUCAAAAAAUAUUGGUAAACAGUGUUUAUUUAUAUUUUGUAUUUUAGUACCUUAAGAGAAUAUUUCCGUUCAGCAUUUAUUUUAUUUUUUUCAUUUUUUUUUUUCAACAAUCGAGGGAGAGAGGAGGAAAAAGGAGACUUUACCCGAGACAGCCGUGAAGCUUGGCGAGCUUGCUGUCAUGCGGGAUUGAUCGCGAAGCAGUAUGUUUGGGCUGGAACAGUUUGGUUCUCCGAUCAGUAGCAGAAACUCUGGCCCAGGAGAUAGAAAUUUAAACCAGCCGCGAGUGAACAUGAGUUCUCACUACAAGGGCCCCGGUUUUCACGCCGGCGGGCCGCCGCCCGGAGCCGUGGAACCGGGCAUCGGUCCGCUGAACGAGUCCCCGAUGCUGGGGCUCGGCAUGAACAUGAACGGAGAGCAGUACAGUUUUCACGCGCGAGGGCACGGCGACAUGCACGCGGCUCCGCAACAGCAGCAGCAGCAGCAGCAGCAACCGGCGCCUCACUCAAUUCACGGGUUCUUCGGCAACCAACAACCUCAGCACGGGGGCGGCCACCCCCACGGACACCACCCUCACCCCCAUCAGCACCACCCGCACUUUGGAGGCCCCUUCGGGGGCCCGGACCCCGGGGCCUCCUGCCUGCACGGGGGCCGGCUCAUGGGCUACAGCGCUAACGGCAUGGGGCCCCAGCAGGGCUUCCCCGAGGGGGGGGGGUUCGACCCGCUGGCCGAGGCCGGCCCGCCAGGCGACGGCUUCGCCCCCCAGCCCCAGCCCCAGCAGCGCUCGGGGAACAUCCCGGACUUCCAGCACCACGGGCCCCCCGGCGGGGGCCACGGCGUGCCCGCCCCCUGCCUGCCCCUGGACCAGUCCCCAAACCGGGCCGCCUCCUUCCACGGCCUCUCGGGCCCCUCCCCCGCCGAGGCCCACGGCCUGGAGCCCCGCCGCCUGCCCCCCCAGGGCGGGGUGGAGGGCAUGGACUACGGCUACCCGGGAGAAGCCCCCGCCGGGCACUUCGACGUGCCCGUUUUCUCCCCCUCCGAGUCGGAGUCCCAGCUGCCCCCCCACUACGGGGCGGGGCGGCAGGUAACCGGGGGCAACUUCCCCGGCAACCCCGCCAUGACGCGCGCGCCGGGCAUGCAGAGCAUCUCCAAGGGCCAGCCGGCGCACGGCGUCUUCUUUGAGAGGUUCGGCGGUGGCGGCGGCGGCCGGAAGAUGUCCGUGGGCAUGGAGCCCGGCAUGGGCGGGAGGCAUCCCAUGAUGCAGCAGCAGCAGCAGCAGCAGCAGCAGGCUGGCUUGCUGGCCCGACAGAACUCCUGCCCCCCGGCCUUGCCCCGGCCCCCCCAGUCUGAGUCGGGCUCCUCGAACCCUGGCAUGCAGGACGGUGGCGGGGUGAUGAUGCCCGGUCAGCACACCCAGUUUGAGUACCCCAUCCACAGGCUGGAGAACAGGAACCUGCACCCCUACGGCGACCCCAUGUUCCAAAUGCAGCAGCAGCAGCAGCAGCAGGGUCCGCCAGCCCCCCCUCAGCAGCCCCCCAACCAGAGGCUGCAACACUUCGACCCCCCCUACCUGAACAUGGCGAAAAGGCCCCGCUUCGACUUCCCCGCGGGCCACGCUGGGGAGGGGUGUGGCUCCUGGACCGGCGGCGGCGGCGGCGGCGGCGGUAUGCACAGCGCGCCCGGCGUGGAGAGCCACCUCUCGCCCUCGGCCUACGCGGGGCUGCCCGGGGACUUCACCCCCCCGGCGCCGGACCCCUUCCCCCCCGGCCCCCCCCUGCAGCACGCGGGGCCCGAGCCGCAGUCGCUGCAGCAGCGGCAGAACGCCGCGCUGAUGAUCAAGCAGAUGGCCUCCCGCAGCCAGCAGCAGCGCAUGCGGCCGCCGCCCAGCCUGCAGCAGCUGGGUCACCACGGCGACGUGGUGCACGGGGGCCCGGUGGGGGGGGGCGGCAUGGCCCCGCCCCAGCAGCAGCCCGGGUUCGAGCGGGAGAACGGGGCCCGCAUGGCCGGCUUCGACGCGCAGAACCCGCACAUGAGCCAGGAGGGCGCCUGGUUUUCGGGACCCCCCCACCACCACCAGCCGGGGGAGGCGCUGCCCCGCAGGAUGGGCGGCCCCGGGGUGGGGGGGGGCGAGGCCGAGAUGGGCCUGCCGCAGAACGGCUCGGGCAUGAUGUUCCGGAACGUCCCGGCCGUGAGCGGGAUGGGCCUGCCGGACCCCAUGCGGCUGCCGGGCGACGGGCACGUCCAGGCCCUGCACUCCCCCGGGCUGCACCCGUCCUUCGGCCUGUCCCAGAUGCAGUCCCCGGGCGCCGGGAUGGGGCACCCCAGCACCCCCUCCGACCGGAGACCCCCGGACUUCUCCGCUCCCCCGCAGCCCUCGUUUCCCUACGGAGGCGGGGCCGGCCGGCAGGGGCCCGCUCCCCAUCCCCACGGCAACGCGGCGGGGGUGAGCACGUCGCCGGGCGGCUACGCGGCGCAGUCGGAGUUCCCGCCGGGCCAGCGGCAGUCCUCCGGCAGCAAGCUGGGGGCGCUGUCGCUGGGCAGCUUCAGCAAGGCCAGCGCCAAGGACAACGUGUUCGGCCAGAGCUGCCUGGCGGCGCUCUCCACCGCCUGCCAGAACAUGAUCGCCAGCCUGGGGGCGCCCAACCUCAACGUGACCUUCAACAAGAAGAGCCCGGGCGAGGGCAAGCGCAAGCUGAGCCAGGCCGAGCCCGACGGCUCGGGGGCCGAGUACUUCCAGAGCCCCGGCGCCGCGUCGCAGAACGGCCCGAUGCCGCCGGGCGGCGGCGGGAAUACCGGGAACGCCGCCGGCGGGAAGCCUGCGGGCCAAGGCCAGGCGGCGCAGGGGGAAGCCAGCGCCCUCUCCCCAAACUACGGCAUGGACGUUCCCCAGGGGUGCGAGGGGAAACCGGCGGGCGGGACCGGGAGGGGGAGGGGCCGGAGAAAAAGAGACAGCGGACAUGUGAGCCCGGGGAUUUUUUUUUCCUCUGACGGCGGCGGCGGCGGCGGCGGCAACCCCGUGGUGAGCCCCGGCCCGCCGGGGGGGCCGCCCUCCUCCGGCAUGGGGGAGAGGGGAGGGGGCGGGAGCACGCCCCACGACAAGCCCCUCACCUCCCCGUCCUGGGGCAAAGGGGGAGACCUGUUGCUGGGCGACCAGCCGGACCUGAUGUCCUCGCUGGACAGCGGGAUCCAGAGCGUGGCCAAGUCCGACGGCAGCUCGCCGCGCGUCGACUUCGCCGACGAGGUCGGCGGCGCCCACUACGGCGGGAACGAGGACGAGGUGUCGUCCAGCUCGGACGGCGGCGGGGGCGCGGGGGCGGGGCACAAGGCCGGCCGCAGCCCGCUCCUCGCCGGCUCGCCCAAACUGCCGCGGGUGGACCACGGGCUCCUCGGCGGGCAGAACCCGCUGGGGCUGGGCAUCGCCAACCACUCUACCUCUGCGCCCGACGCCUACGGCCUCCACCCCGGCACCCCCGGCGUGGAGCAGGUGCGCACCCCGUCCAGCACCGCCGGCUCGGACGACGUCCACCCGCUGGAGAUCCUGCAGGCGCAGAUCCAGCUGCAGCGGCAGCAGUUCAGCAUCUCCGAGGACCAGCCGCUGGCCAUGAAGGGCGGGAAAAAGGGCCCGGACUGCGGCGGCCAGGGGGGGGACGGCGAGCUGGGGGGGUGCGGCAGCCCCCGGGACGCGGGCCAGGGCGCCGUCAGCACCAUCGACCUCGACAGCCUGAUGGCGGAGCAGCACGCCGCCUGGUACGUGCCCGGCGACAAGGCCCUGAUGGACGGGCACGACGGCGACAAGACCGCGGCAUCCUGGGAAAAGACCAAGAGCCAGAGCACCGGCAAAGAAGGUGUGGAGCUGUCGCAGAGUAAGGGGGGGCCGGGGGGCCCGGGCACGGGCAGCAGCCACCUGCAGUGCCUGUCGGUCCACUGCACGGACGAGCUGGGGGACAGCAAGGGCCGGGGGGGCCCCGUGUCGUCCUGGCGCUCGCUGCACUCCGACAUCUCCAACCGCUUCGGCACCUUCGUGGCGGCGCUCACCUGAGCCCCGCGACUCCAGGGACAUGUGACACGUGGGGGCGGGGCGGAGGUGGGCGGGGGCAUCGUCGUGACGACGCUCACCUGAGCUCCCCGACUCCAGGGACAUGUGACACGUGGGGGGCGGGACAGGGUAGGGGGGGGGCAUUCUUCCAACCUCCCUCACCCUAGUGGGGAUGACACACACACACACAUGCACACACACUCACAUGCACACACACCUCUGUACAGCGUGGUCAGGCGAACCCUCUCUCACCUGUGACCACGCCCAGACCUGGAAACCUCAACCCAACCUUUUUUAGGAGAAAGAAACG